AUGCCGUCUGAGUCAAAGAAGUUGAUGAAGGCUCGCCAACUGCAGCGGCGCCAGCAGGCGGCGUCCGCUCGUGCGUCGAGGGGCGGAGAUGCGGUCUGCUCGAAUCCAAAUGACGACGGCCAAGAAACUCCGCCGUCGUCAGCUCCCCUUCCUGAUGCUUCGUCUCGGUGUCUUGACCCCGCCAGGAACCCUGCGACAUCUCGCCAGUCAGCCGUGUCUGGUAGCGCUCCAGACGCUCUUCCCACUCCGCAUUCCUUACAGAUCCCACCCACGCAGGAGGCCGUCGAAGACGACUUCGAGGCGAGUACAAGUCUUGCGGGAGUCUCAGCUGCCGGCGAAGACUGCGAAGGGAUCUUUGGUGACUAUGGGGACUACGGAGACUUCGCGGAAAACUGGUCCGACUCAGAUGUUGAAGGCGUCUCGCGGAGUGACGGCGACAGAUCGGAUCAGGACUGGCGAGACACAGCUUCAAGCAGGACGGUUUGUCGCCGAGGCGGCGCGGCUUCGGAGAAGAAACGCGCUGCCGAGUCUACGAAGAAGCGAAUGACUGACGAGGAAAUUGACGCGCUCCUUGAGUCGGUCACCGCCACUCGCGUAGGACCGCGAAGGCUUCCGAUUAUCCAGAGGCUCGUCCAAGCGGUUGGCGAGAGAAGAAUCUGCGACAUGUCCCUGCGCGAACGGCAAGCAGUGUCCUCUCAAUCGACUGCGGCGGCUCGAGGCGAGGCGGCUGUGCUCCUCGCGCUUUGCCACUUUCUGUAUCCGGACGAGACGCAAGGCGCGUGUGUCGACAACGCAACGCCUGGAGAUCGAGAAGGACACAGCGUCUCGGAACCCACGUCAGGAGACCAAAGCAUGUUCAUCUUCCUCGAGAGCCGCUUUGGUCGUCUGAUUCCCGUGAACGCGUGCUGGCGUCUCGCUGGUCCUUUGACUUCCGAUGCCGGCACACUCAGCGGUGACCGCGAAGGUGGGAACGGACCUCCGUGCUCCACUCAGAACCGGACUGGCGACGAAGCUGCAUCCGCCGAGGAGAACAAGCGCGAGGACGUUCUCUCGCACCAUUCGGGGCACCACUCGCAAAGAACCGCGCACGGCCUCAAGUGGACGCCGCCGGAAGGCUCCGUCGUCUCGGGCGUUUCGUCUUUCCCGUCCACCGCAAAAGCGAGCGGCGGAUCUACACCCAGCCAGAGAAGAGGGCCCUUGACAAAGGAUGCAGAGACAGAGCUCAUCCUGUUGCUGCAAGCCUUGCAAAUUCUCUGCUGGUCCUUGACCGACAGAGAACUGUCGAACUGGACUCAAGGGCCUGGAGGCGUUGCGUGGCGUUGCGGAGCAUCAGUGCUGCUGAACACCACAACGGUGCAAUCCUCGAAUCUUCUUCUUCCUUUUCCCGUCAAAACGGAAGCCUCUACGCCUCGUUCACUCGUCCCUGGAGGCCGCAUCGGCGUGGCUGAGAAACCGGGAGAGGCGCAUGUGGACGCACGCUCCACAUUUUCGCUAUCUGCCUCCACUGCCGUUUGCCGGCAAUCCUAUGGACAGCAGUUUGCCUCGCUUUCCGCGCCGCCCGACGCGGGUCGCCCUCAGUCGCUCUUGUCUCCCUCCUCAACAGCCAGGAAUGCGUCAGAGGCCUCGCCAUCAAACCCUCCCUCGGUGGCGUCCUCGGUGGCGUCUCAAGGCCGCCAGAAAGAAGCUUUCUCGGAUUUCGGCCCAAUUUUCAUAGCUCGGCUGGGGGUCGGGGAUCGGGUGCUGGACGUCAAGAACACUUCUCGGAUACAAGCGCAGUCGAGGUUCUCGAGGUCUCGAAAGGUGGCCGGGACCGGGUCAAGUCCUCGAAAGCUCGGGAGUUACAUCGGAACAAACAACGGCAAACAAAACACGCAGCUGCGUCUUUCGACUUUGACGGCUGACGCCGUAGUCUGA